GUUUGAAGGCCCUGGUUUUCCCUGCACUUGUUGAUUACCACCCUAUCCGUUGUCAUCAUACUUCCAUCCAGCAAUCAUGAAUGACCUUGUAGUCACCAAUGCGACUCUGCUCGCGGAUCCCAGUCUUUGUACUCUUGACACCUGCCCACUGAGCAUGGCCAGUGUAGAGUAUAUCCCCUCUCUUGCAGGCAACGCCCUCUACAUAUCCAUCUUUGGCGUGGCCUUUGCCCUCCAUCUUGGUCUCGGAAUCUGGUACAAGACAUGGACUUUUAUGAUUGCCAUGCUUCUGGGUCUCGCGGGUGAACUUGUGGGAUACGCUGGCCGUCUUAGUCUUCACGAUGAUCCCUUCAGCUCGAAUGCUUUUCUUCAAUACCUGGUAUCCCUCACAAUUGCCCCCGCCUUCUUGUCCGCCGCCAUCUAUCUUUGUCUCUCGCGAAUCGUUGUCGCCUAUGGCGAGAGGAUCUCCUACUUCCGCCCUCGCACCUACACGAUGGUUUUCAUUGCCUUUGACUUUAUUGCCUUGCUUCUCCAAGCCAUUGGCGGUGGCAUCGCAGCCUCAACAGAUGGUAGCAAUGCCAAGACAGUUCAUCUCGGAAAGAAUAUUAUGAUUGGCGGUCUUGCAUGGCAGGUUGCUAGCUUGCUCAUCUUUGCCGGCAUGUCGGGCUACUUCGUCCUGCGUGUCCGUCGCGCGUCGCCCACCGACUUCAACUACGACUUUGAGAGAGUGCGUCAUUCACGAUACUUCAAGCUGGGUAUGUGGGGACUAGGGAUUGCUACCCUGGCGAUCUUCGUCCGUUCCGUGUUCCGGUGCGCGGAGCUGUCUGAGGGUUUCGACGGAACUCUAGCAAACGACGAGGUCACCUUCAUGAUUUUGGAAGGCGCCAUGAUCUGUAUCGCGGUCAUUUGCCAGACUGUCUUCCACCCGGGUGCGAUAUUCAAGGGUCAGUGGCAUGAUGCCGUGUGGCAUACGCGUGCCAGCAAGGAGACGACGAACUACCCCAAGGCUACGAGCAGCGACAGCUCGACUUACUCCCCAAGCAACCCUGCGUAUGAUCGGUAUGCUCAGGCUUGAAAUGCAGAUGGGGGAGGGAAUUAAGAUCCUUGUGUUUAGGGGCUUUAUUGAUAGCGUUUUAUAUCAUUUCACUGAUGUUCUUCAUUUGUUCAAUUAUGGAUAUAGACAUGCGAUGGGUGUCGUAUACAAGUUUUGCGAACCGGAUUCUAGAUCAAGUUUAUUCAAAAUCCUUUUGGCUAAAACAAUGCCCAACCCGAAUGCAACAACAAUACGAGCGCAAGGGGGAACCGAAUCCCAAAUCAAGACACCCCAAGAUCAUUAAUCGGGCCCAGCCAAUCCUUAACUCAAUUUUUAUGAGCCGGUUUGGGGGCGGGUUGAGGCUGAGUGUAGUUGAUAUUGUCUUGAUAG